GCGGCGGGGGCGAGGCGGGCUCCCGGCGGCGGCGGGCCGGGCUGAGUCAGGACCCGGCGGCCGGACUUCCUCGGGCAGGGGAGAGCGAGAGCCCGCCGGGCCGGGCCGGGCUGCGGGGCCGGGGAGCGCAGAGCCGGGCACCUCGGCGCGGGGCAGCGACAGGGGAGCCAGGCCGCCCACCCCGCGCCGCCCGGCCCCCCUGGGAUGUCCGAGCGACCCAGGCGUCCAGGACGGUGACGGAGCGAGCCCGAGGAUGGGACGGCGCCCGCAGCUCCGGCUCGUCAAGGCCCUUCUCCUCCUGGGGCUGAACCCCAUCUCCGCCUCCCUUCAGGACCAGCACUGCGAGAGCCUGUCCCCAGCCAGCAAUAUCUCUGGACUGCAGUGCAAUGCAUCCGUGGACCUCAUUGGCACCUGCUGGCCCCGGAGCCCCGCGGGGCAGCUGGUGGUUCGACCCUGCCCUGCCUAUUUCUACGGUGUCCGCUACAACACCACAAACAAUGGCUACCGGGAGUGCCUGGCCAAUGGCAGCUGGGCUGCCCGCGUGAACUACUCCGAGUGCCAGGAGAUCCUCACCGAGGAGAAGAAGAGCAAGGUACACUACCAUGUCGCUGUCAUCAUCAACUACCUGGGCCACUGCAUCUCCCUGGUGGCCCUCCUGGUGGCCUUUGUCCUCUUUCUGCGGCUCAGGAGCAUCCGAUGCCUGAGAAACAUCAUCCACUGGAACCUCAUCUCGGCCUUCAUCCUGCGCAAUGCCACAUGGUUCGUGGUCCAGCUCACCAUGAGCCCUGAAGUCCACCAGAGCAACGUGGGCUGGUGCCGGUUGGUGACAGCCGCCUACAACUACUUCCACGUGACCAACUUCUUCUGGAUGUUUGGAGAGGGCUGCUACCUGCACACGGCCAUCGUGCUCACCUACUCCACUGACCGGCUGCGCAAGUGGAUGUUCAUCUGCAUCGGCUGGGGUGUGCCUUUCCCCAUCAUCGUGGCCUGGGCCAUUGGGAAACUCUACUACGACAACGAGAAGUGCUGGUUUGGCAAAAGGCCUGGCGUGUACACCGACUACAUCUACCAGGGCCCCAUGAUCUUGGUCCUGCUGAUCAAUUUUAUCUUCCUUUUCAACAUCGUCCGCAUCCUCAUGACCAAACUUCGGGCAUCCACCACGUCUGAGACCAUUCAGUACAGGAAGGCUGUGAAGGCCACUCUGGUGCUGCUUCCCCUGCUGGGCAUCACGUACAUGCUGUUCUUCGUGAACCCUGGGGAGGACGAGGUCUCCCGGGUCGUCUUCAUCUACUUCAACUCCUUCCUGGAAUCCUUCCAGGGUUUCUUCGUGUCUGUGUUCUACUGUUUCCUCAACAGCGAGGUCCGCUCUGCCAUCCGGAAGAGGUGGCACCGAUGGCAGGACAAGCACUCCAUCCGUGCCCGGGUGGCCCGCGCCAUGUCCAUCCCCACCUCCCCCACCCGUGUCAGCUUUCACAGCAUCAAGCAGUCCACGGCAGUCUGAGCUGGAGGGCCAGGGAGCAGCCCCCGAGAUCUAUGGUUGGGAAGAUGAUUACCAGGCUCAGCCGGCCGCCCCGUCUGCAGAGGGACCAGCUCCUUCCCACACGUUGUACCCCCAGGAGCAGCUGGUACUGAGAACCUGGGAGGCCCCCCCAACCGCAGGCUGGGCAGCAGUUCUAGACCUGAGAGCAGUCUGGGCCACGGGACGACGGACAAUAACUGAUAGUACCAGGCUGGGCCACAGGGCCCCUGGAGAAUAGGCUGAGCAUGGCGUGGAAAUGGGGAGACGGGAAAUUUAAAGCAGCACAUGGGUCCCUCUGAGAGGAGUCUGCUCCCAGAGCACAGAAAGGUCAACCCACCAGAGCCCUGGGGCCAUCCUCAGCAAACGUCGGGCCGCUUGCUGCCCCAGGGGCAUCACAGGAAACUCCUGCGACAGCAUUCAACAUGAGAUGAUGCCCCUGGGCCUUAGCAAUGCCUUCCAGCACCACUGGGAACCAAGGCCACGUUGUCAGAAGCCCUGGUGACAUCGUUAGAAAUCGGGUGACAUCAUCAGACAUCAGGCCACAUCACUAGAAACCCUCCCAAGCCACCAGAACUUCAUCCAGCACUGUGGCACUGCCCCCAGAAAUGCCCUGUCUUGCUGCCUUGCACCUGUGGACCUUUGCUACCCUGCUGGCCACAGGGCCCCCCCCCCCCACCCAACCACCAACAAUAAUCUCACCCUGAUUGCUGUCACUGCCCGCCCCAGGGGCAUCCCUUUGUGAGAAGAUGGGGGUGGGGGAGUGACGGAAUGGCCUGUGAGCAAGAGCCAAGGGGUGUCUCAGCCAAAGCCAGCCUCUCUUUGAGGGGCAGAGAGUAUUUGGGGCCAUCAUCCUGCUGGCUUCAGGGGCCCAGCCUCUGGGGCAACCCCUCUGCUGGUCAGGGAGCUCAUGCCCCUGGAUGGCUUCUGGGACAGCAUCAUUAGCUAAGCAAAGAAAGGAGAAGGGAUGGGUGCUCAGCACCUCUCUGCCCCCAGUGCCCCAGAGCUGGACAAGUGGCUCUUGGGGCAACCAGUCAGUGGACCGCUUACACCCUGGGGUGGACUGGCCCAGCACCCCCUGGACCUACCCAUGUCCAGAGGUACUGGACAGCCAGAGCAGAGCCUUGGGGGUACAGGGCUGGGAGAUGAGGGUGUUGGCUGUGAGGUGGGUGGUGAUGUAAAUAAUAGUAUUUAUCUUUUCAACCA